AUGGCAUCACUAGCUGCUGCACGAUAUGGAAAGGACAACGUCCGCGUUUACAAAGUCCACCGGGAUGAAAAGAAACAGACACAGACCGUCACGGAAAUGACCGUUUGCUGCCUGUUGGAAGGGGAUAUCGAGACAUCCUACACCGAGGCCGACAACAAACCUGUCGUAGCCACUGAUACCGUUAAAAACACCAUUUACAUUCUUGCCAAGCAAAACCCUGUAGACCCUCCGGAACUGUAUGGUGCUAUUCUAGCCGCACACUUUCCAGCAAAGUAUAGUCAUAUUCAUGCUGCUCACGUCAACAUUAUUGUUCACCGUUGGACUCGUAUCAACGUCGAUGGGAAGCCUCACCCUCACUCUUUCUUGCGAGACGGCGCCGAGACUCGAAACGUUGAGGUCACAUUUCGCAGAAACGAAGGAUUCACGAUCACAUCCAAGAUCGGUGGUCUCCUCGUUCUUAAGAGCACUGGUUCCGCGUUCCACGGUUUCCACAGAGACGAAUAUACCACACUAAAGGAGACAUGGGAUCGCAUCUUGAGUACAGAAGUUGACGCUCAAUGGACUUGGAAACGAUAUCAGACCGUUGCCCAAGUAGAAUCGGAUGCUGCCACAUUCGACAAAACAUUUGAAGCCGCACGAAAAACCACCCUCAAGAUCUUCGCCGAGGACAACAGUGCCAGUGUCCAGGCAACCAUGUACAAGAUGUGUGAGAAUAUCUUGGCCGAGGCCCCUAGAGUUGAAGCUGUUGAGUACACCUUGCCGAACAAGCACUACUUUGAGAUUGACCUUAGUUGGCACAAAGGACUCAAGAAUACAGGGAAGGAUGCCGAAGUCUACGCACCUCAAUCUGGUCCAAACGGCCUCAUCAAGUGCCGAGUUGUUCGCAGGCCAGCCUCCAAGCUGUAG